UUGAUUGAUAUCCAUCUUUUCAAGUCAAACAUGAUUAAACAUUUAAACUAUAAAGCAUAGAAAGAUAUCAUAGAGAGCUGUUUGGAGUUUUUGAUCACUGGCUACCUAUAUGCUGAUUAAGAGUCAGAAUCUAAUAGUUGUCUAGACACAUCAAUGCAGAAUUGAGCACAAACUGCAAAUUGGGAAUACAAUAAGUAGAACUAUAGUUUGCUGCAGAAGCUUUGCUUAAUCUGAAUGAGACCAGUGGUUGUUGCUUCGAAACUAUAGGAGACAGGAAAAUUAUCAAUUUAUAUGUAGGAUCUUGGAAAUAUGAAUCUAGCUUAGGCCUCUGAGUAGUAGUCCUCAGUACAUGGUGCAACUUGAAAAAACUGAUCAGAUUCUAUUUUAUAUUAUCCUUGGUAUUCAAGAGACUGAGAAGAUGUAUCUAUCUUAAUUUCUUAGCUUCCAAAGUCUUCAAGAUCCUUGAACAUUCGCUCCCCCCUUGAAGCCGUCCUCUGCGAAUUAUUUGAAGUGAUUGCAAAAUGCCUUGCUUCCCUCUCUCCCCUCUUUCCGUGAGUAUAAGAAGAGGGCAUUUUCAGGACGCACCAUAUUUAACAUGCGAAACAAAAAGAAGCAAAAGAUGUGUUAUGAGGAACAAUAGAAACAGCUGAUAUGCUCUUACCUUUCCUCAUUUUCUGUUAGCAAAUAGCAAAUGAACAUAUUCCUGUACCCUGGUAUGUUUUAUCACUGAUGUAAAAUGCUCGCAAAAUUGACCUUAUGUCUCUUGCCUUUUGCAACUUGACAGGUCGUUAAGAAGCAUCAACUGCUGUGCAUAAAAUGACAGAAGCCAGUUGCUCUGAAAUAAAGCCUCACGAGGAAAUUCAGCUGAUAUAUCGGUGUAAGAAAUGCCGUCAAAUUGUGGCUUCACAACAGAAUAUAGUUCCACAUGAUCAAGGAAAGGGAGAGGCAAGCUUUGGAUGCAGGAAGAGGACGGUGGAGUCUGAUUCAUUGCCUAAAUGCACAGCCAUUUUUGUUGAGCCUUUGAAGUGGAUGCAAACAGUUCAAGAAGGAUAUGUUUUUGAGAAGCUUUAUUGCAUGGGGUGCAAGUACCGGUUGGGUUCGUUCAACUGGGCGGGCAUGCAAUGUAGUUGUGGUGCUUGGAUUAAUCCCGCUUUUCAGAUUCUUAAGAGCCGGAUAGAUGAAUGUCAGAUAUGAGUUUUGCUGAUACUUAAUAGUUAAGUGUAAAUUAAGUUGAGCUCUAUGGCUUGAAGCAUAUUUUGAUUGUAACUUAUGGAUAUAAUAUUUCUUUCACUCUUUCAGGCCUUCAGGCUGUUAGCAAUGCCAAUUCCUGAAAUGGUUAAUGCUACUAUUAGCGUCA